AAUAUGAGCAUCAGCGACGUUCUCAACCCUUCUGACAUUGCUGCCGCACUCAGAGACUGCCAAGCCCCAGAUAGUUUCAACCACAAAAAAUUCUUUCAGCUCACAGGCAUGAGCAAAAAGAGCAGCAGCCAAGUGAAGGAGAUAUUUCAGUUCCUAGACAAUGAUCAGAGCGGCUUCAUCGAGGAAGAUGAACUCAAAUUUUUCCUCCAGAGGUUUGACAGUGGCGCCAGAGUGUUAACACCGGCAGAAACCAAAGCAUUGAUGGCAGCGGCAGACCAUGAUGGAGAUGGGAAAAUUGGGGCAGAUGAAUUCCAACAAAUGGUGCACUCCUAAGGGGCUGAAAAUAACCGCGUGUGGUGGACCAGCCGAUGCAUCUACAACAGAUGCUUCUCCCAAAGCU